GUCAGUCCGCGUCUCUUGGUUGCUAGGAGACGGGGCUUCCACAAGCCCGGCUGAAGUUCUGCAGCUUCUCCCUCCGCUCCCGCGUCCCCCGGCCGGCUGCGAUGGCAGACUCCGAGGCCGAGGUCCUGCGCAGCACCUUCCCCUCCUACAUGGCCGAGGGUGAGCGGCUCUACCUGUGCGGGGAGUUCGCGAAGGCCGCCCAAAGCUUCAGCAACGCUCUUCACCUGCAGAGCGGGGACAAGAACUGCCUAGUGGCGCGCUCCAAGUGCUACCUGAAGAUGGGGGACUUGGCGAAGUCCCUGAAGGACGCGGAGGCCUCACUCCAGAGCGACCCAACUUUCUGCAAGGGGAUUCUGCAGAAGGCGGAGACGCUGUACACCAUGGGGGACUUCGAGUUCGCCCUGGUCUUCUAUCACCGGGGGUACAAGCUGCGGCCAGAACGCGAGUUCAAAGUGGGCAUUCAGAAAGCGCAGGAGGCCAUCAACAACUCGGUGGGAAGUCCUUCCUCCAUCAAGCUGGAGAACACAGGGGACCUGGCCUUCCUGAGUAAGCAGGCUGAGAGCAUGAAGGCCCAGCAACAGCCCCAACCGGUGAAGCAUCUACGGUACCAGGUGCAGCGGGAGUCAAAGCGGAAGGGCUCGCUCAAGAGCGAGAAAACAGUGCGCCAGCUGCUGGGCGAGCUCUACGUGGACAAGGAAUACCUCGAGAGGCUGCUGCUUGAUGAAGACCUCAUCCGGGGCACCAUCCGGAGUGGCGUGACAGUGGAGGACCUCAUCCUGACAGGCAUCAACUACCUGGACACGCGCAGCAGCUUCUGGCAGCAGCAGAAGCCGAUCUAUGCCCGUGAGCGCGACCGGAAGCUGAUGCGAGACCGCUGGCUGCGGGACCGCGGACGGACCCCAGCACAGACGGUGCACUUUGUGCUCAAGAGCCUGGAGGACAUCGACAUGUUGCUGAGCAGCGGUAGCGCAGAGAGCAGCCUGCAGAAGGCAGAGAAGGUGCUGAAGAAGGUGCUGGAGUGGGGCUGCGACGAAGUGCCCAACAGGGACGAGCUGCUGGGCAACCUGCACAGCUGCAUCGGAAACGCGCAGUUGGAGUUGGGCCAGACGGCCGCUGCGCUGCAGAGCCACCGCCGGGACCUGGACAUCGCCCGGGAGCAUGACCUCCCUGACGCAAAAUCCAGAGCCCUGGACAAUAUCGGCCGGGUUUUUGCCCGAAUCGGGAAAUUCCAGCAGGCUAUCGACACGUGGGAGGAGAAGAUCCCCCUGGCCAAGACUGCGCUGGAGAAGACCUGGCUGCUGCAUGAGAUUGGCCGCUGCUACCUGGAGCUGGAUCAGGCCCUGCAGGCGCAGUAUUACGGGGAGAGGUCGCUGCAGUUUGCUGAGGAGGAGGGUGACAUUGAGUGGCAGCUGAACGCCAGUGUCCUGGUGGCCCAAGCACAAGUGAAGCUGAGAGACUUCGAGUCAGCGGUGAACAACUUCGAGAAGGCGCUGGAGCGGGCGAAGCUGGUGCACAACCAGGAGGCGCAGCAGGCCAUCAUCAGCGCCCUGGAUGACGCCAACAAGGGGAUUAUUGAGGAGCUGAAGAAAACCAACUACAAGGAGACAGUCAGAGUCACAGAUGAGGUCCUUGCAGCAACCCAGGAGGAGCCAGGACCAGCCAAGAAGGAGCUGAGACACUCGCAGGAGGCACCCGAGCGGGUGAUGCAACAGUGGGACAGGGAAUCAGGGCGGGGGGCAUCGGCCGAAGAGCUCCAGAUGGCCCUACAGGGAGUGGGAGUGCAUGGGGCCCAAGACAGCACGGCUGAGGAGGCGGAGGAGGAGGAAGAAGAGGCAGAGGUGGCGGCUGUGGGCAGGACACACGUCGGGGACAGGACGCUGUCCGCAGAGGACAGGAUGCCACUCGAAGAGGAUGUACCACCAGCACUCGAAGGCGGCGAGAGCCAAGAGAGCUCUACCGGCAGCCUCCCGGGGGCCCUGGGGAAAGGGGUGCUGUGAGAGCAGAAGAGAGGCCCCAAGACAGCCAGCUGUAGCUGCCCAGGCCCGGGGCUCUGAGUGACUGCAUUGUCAGGGGUUCGUUUCGGACAGUAACUCAGGGGGCCUUGUCUUGGGUCACCUCGAUCUCCACUGUCACUGUCUGUCCAUUAAAUAUGAUCUUCCACUUCACAA